UCAGCUUCGUCGUCCCCUUCCCCGAGGACCCCGACCGCUGACCUGCGGGGGUUCCUACAAAAGCGACGACGGCAAGAGGACAAACGAGUCGAGGGGAAAGGAACAGGGAGCGGCGGGGGAUUCGCCCGGGUCGACGAAAGCCGCCUGGGAGGUGGGAGGGGACCCGAAUCGGAGCCCCGAUUCCUACUAGGUGACUGGGAGAAGGAACGAGCUGUGUUGAUUCGGUGGGGGCUUUUGCUUCGGCAUUCUAUCGAGGUACACUAAAAGUUACCUUAGGUGCUCUACUGGGAAGAAAAAUAAAGUAUCUUAGUUCAGUGUGUGUAUGUGUAUCAAGGAUUUAGAAUCAAAGUUGAAGAUCACUGCAUAUCCAAAUAGGCUAUCAAACUAAUGUGCUGUAUGGCUGUCUAGUUUUCUGGCUGUUGCUCCCGUUGAAUCAGAACGUGAAGGUCAAUUACGGUAAUCACCCUUUAUUGAUGGACCACACUGGAAAUUUAGGCCAUCGUGAUCACACAAUUGACAUACCAAGAAAUGAUGUUACCUCCCCAUCAGCAUCUCACCAGGACGACCACAGUGACUUGGAUGAGUUUCAUGACAGUAGAAGUCCGCCGGAUGAAAUUCCCGCAGUCCCAGAAAGUUCUUCUGGCACGCAUGACGUACCUAACUCUCAAAAUGCAUCUUCUGCAAGAAGAGAUCGAGGCCAUCGUCAGCAGAAUCCUUUGAAUUCUGGCUUCUGGAUCUCAAUUGAGCUUAUUGUGAAUGUGAGCCAGAUUAUAGCAGCUAUUUCUGUUCUAUCGGUAUCAAGGAACGAACAUCCACAUGCUCCAUUAUUUGUGUGGCUUCUUGGCUAUACCAUAGGUUGUAUUGCUAUUCUUCCGCAUCUUUAUUGGCGGUAUCUUCAUCGUAAUCGCCAGAACUUGGAGCAGGAACUGCCGACCCAAAGUCCAUCAGAAAGGAACGUAUCUGAGACCAAUUCUUUUGUGGUCGUUUCAUCUCCUCAUGCAUCAGAAACUGUGGACGGUGCCAACGGAACUGGAGUCUCAAGAAGUAACUUACCAAUGGCAAGUCCAAGGUUCUAUGCAUUGGUCGCUUGCUUUAAAUUGGCUCUGGAUUGUUUCUUUGCCAUAUGGUUUGUUGUGGGGAAUGUGUGGAUAUUUGGCAGCCGUUCUUCUGCCCAUGAUGCUCCUAACUUGUACAGGAUCUGUAUAGUAUUCCUUGCGUUCGGCUUUAUUGGCUACGCAUUGCCUUUCAUUCUCUGUACAAUGAUAUGCUGCUGCCUGCCCUGCAUAAUCUCCAUUCUGGGCGUCCACGAGGAUUUGGAUCUGAACAGAGGCGCUACCACGGAUACAAUCAAUGCCUUGGUGGCGUACAAGUUCAAAUCGAAAAGAGUUCACGAUGGGGAUGUAGGAGAAGACUGCGGUGGGGUCUUGGCGGCUGGAACUGACAAGGAGCGAACUAUCUCGGCAGAAGAUGCUAUCUGCUGCAUCUGCUUGUCAAAGUUCUCGAACAAUGAAGAUCUACGAGAACUUCCCUGCACUCAUGUCUUCCACAUGGAAUGCAUAGAUAAAUGGCUCCAGAUAAACGCAUUGUGCCCUCUUUGCAAGGCUGAGAUAGGGGUGUCAAAAGGUGUUCCAGAAUCUGGCUCCGGGGGGACUCAGGAUGAUAACAGAGUAGGCAAUGACGUUGAGUCACAACGGUAGCUGCUGACUGCUCUCUUACAUGAGCAUGAGGAUGGAUGAUGUGUUUUUGAUGCGGCCUAACAAACUACAAGUAGGAAGGUUACACUCUAUGAUCCCACAACAAGUAUGUCCUGCCUACAGUGCAGAGCAGUGCAGAGCAUUGGCUUCCUAGCUAGACUAGGAAAUCUGGUGUGGUGAUGGCGGCCACCUAAGAUGAUCAUACUCUGUGGGUUGUUGAUGUUAACCUCCUUGCUGCUAGCAGUUGCCUGACUAUCUCCUUGUAUAGAAAAUGUUAGUCUACACCUUGCACCAAUGUCCUUGUACAGAAAAAAAAAAAUGGACAUCUCAUUUGUAUGUGAUCAGCUGGCACCAGUACUGCAGCUCCUGUAAUGGUUGAUCUUGUACAUAGUAUAAACUCAGACAUUCUGGGUACUUGGUAGAUAUAUCUUGGUACCUAUGAAAUGCAACAUUCACCAAACCCAUUCGUGGGAGCA